AUGUCAAGAGUGUACGAUAACUGGGGGAAGCUCGUCGCCGGAGUUCUCAACAGAGAAAAUCUCAGGGAAAUUGCACUGCUUGACAGCUUAAGUAGCACUGAUUUCAGUUCUGCUCCUUCAGCUGCUGAAGCAUCACGAUUCCCGACUCCAAGAUCGGAAGCCGAUAUUCUGUCAUCAUCACAUGUCAAAGCCUUCACGUUUAACGAACUACGAAAUGCAACGAGAAACUUUAGGCCCGACAAUCAUCUUGGGGAAGGAGGAUACGGGCACGUCUUUAAAGGGUGGAUUGAUGAGCAUACCUUUACUGCCUCAAGGCCUGGAUUAGGUUUGGUCAUUGCGGUGAAGAAGUUGAAGCCCGAGAGUUUUCAAGGCCACAAAGAGUGGUUGACGGAAGUUAAUUAUUUGGGGCAACUUCAUCACCCGAACCUUGUAAAACUUAUUGGCUACUGUUUGGAGGGCGACAAACAACUGUUGGUCUAUGAGUUCAUGCCGAGAGGAAGUCUGGAGAAUCAUUUGUUCAGAACAUGGCCACAACCCCUGACCUGGGAAACUCGUAUAAAGGUGGCCAUAGGUGCUGCCAGGGGCCUUUCUUUCUUGCACGAAGCCAAAGAACAAGUUAUAUACAGAGACUUCAAACCCUCUAAUAUUCUUCUUGAUGGGGAAUUCAAUGCGAAAUUGUCCGACUUUGGUUUGGCUAAAGCCGGCCCCAUCGGUGAUGGGACGCAUGUAUCGACCCAAGUUAGGGGCACUCAUGGAUAUAUUGCACCUGAAUAUGUAGCUACAGGUCAGACAUUUUUAUAA